UUUUAAUUUUCGUAAAUAAUCAAAACAAUGAUCUUAAUGACGGCAUAUAUAUUUAAUUUAAUAAUAAUUCCCUCUUGCUGGAAAAGUCAUCCACCUGCUUUUUCAUCAUCAAACCCUUUUUUUCCUCAUCUCUCUGAAGAAGACAAGAGUCAAAACUUGAAGGCGACAAUCAGACCUUCCAUGGCCGUUUCUUCAUCUUCCACCAAACCCUAAUUUCAAUCUCAUCUUCUUGUCCUCUUCUUUCACACCGGAAAAUGGAUCGAAACAACGACACCGCCGCCGUCACCGGAGGAGGAGCAAGACAACUAGUUGACGCAUCUCUCUCAAUCGUUCCCAGAUCUACACCAUUAGAAGACUCAACACUCGCAACAACCUCAUCUACGACGACUACAACGAAGCGGUCGACUAAAGACCGUCACACGAAAGUCGACGGAAGAGGACGGCGGAUUCGUAUGCCGGCGCUUUGUGCAGCUAGGGUUUUUCAGUUAACGAGAGAGUUAGGUCAUAAAUCUGAUGGUGAAACUAUUGAAUGGCUUCUUCAACAAGCUGAGCCAGCGAUUGUUGCUGCUACAGGUACAGGAACUAUUCCGGCGAACUUUUCUACUUUAAGUGUUUCUUUACGAAGUAGCGGUUCGACUCUCUCUGCUCCGCCGUCGAAAUCGGUGCCGCUCUACGGUGCUCUUGGAUUGACUCAUCAGUAUGAUGAACAAGGAGGCGGCGGUGUGUUUGCGGCUCAUACGACGCCGCUUUUAGGGUUUCAUCAUCAUCUUCAACAGCAACAACACCAUCAUCAGAAUCAGAAUCAAGAUCCGGUGGAAACAAUUCCUGAAGGUGAGAAUUUCUCUAGGAAACGGUAUAGAUCGGUUGAUUUGUCUAAAGAAAACGAUGAUCGGAAACAGAACGAGAAUAAAUCUUUGAAAGAAAGUGAAACGCCGGGUCCUGCGGCGGCGCCGAUGUGGGCGGUUGCUCCGCCGAGUAGGUCUGGUGCUGCAAAUACUUUUUGGAUGCUUCCGGUACCAACAACGACCGGUAAUCAAAUGGAGAGUAGUAGUAACAAUACCACCACCGCAGGCCACCGUGCUCCUCCUAUGUGGCCAUUUGUGAACUCUGCUGGCGGAGGAGCGGGUGGCGGAGGCGGAGCAGCGACUCAUUUUAUGGCGGGAACGGGGUUUAGUUUUCCGAUGGAUCAGUACAGAGGAAGUCCACUUCAAUUAGGUUCGUUUCUAGCUCAGCCGCAACCGACUCAGAACUUAGGUCUAAGUAUGCCAGACUCGAAUCUCGGGAUGUUAGCCGCUUUGAACGCGGCUUAUUCGAGAGGCGGAAACGCAAACGCGGAUGCGGAACAAGCGAACAAUGCGGUGGAGCAUCAAGAGAAGCAGCAACAGAGUGAUCAUGAUGAUGAUAGUAGAGAGGAGAACUCAAAUAGCUCUGAGUGAGUGAUGUAAACUAAUCUUGUGGAAGCAUUGAAUUUGGUAAGAAAUUGAAUUUAAGCGUUUGUAGCGGUUUGGUUGAUUGUUUUUUUUGUGAGAGUUUGUGUGUUGUUGUUUAGACAAGAAUUUGUGUGUGAAGGAAUUGUUAGGUUUGGGUCCAAAUGGACUCUCGUGGGUAGAGAAUGUUUUCAAUGUAUAGAAGGAAUGAUAGGACCCUUCAUUUAUUUUCUAUUUUCAUUGUUGAGUUUCGUAUAUUUUGUAGGACUUAUUUUGCAAUGAAACCAAAAAAUAAAAAUGCAUAAUUAA